GAGCCUCCACAACAACCGUCUCUACCUGGCGGUGUUUGCCGCUGUCCUGGGGAACUUCAGCUUCGGCUUCGCCCUGGUUUACCCCUCGCCCGUCAUCCCUGCCCUGGAGACUCACCCCAACCCUGCGCUGAGGCUGGACCAGCACACAGCAUCCUGGUUUGGGUCGGUCUUCACGCUGGGAGCGGCGGCAGGGGGGCUCAGCGCCAUGGUCCUCAACGACCGCCUGGGCCGCAAGCUGAGCAUCAUGUUCUCGGCCCUGCCCUCGGCCGCGGGAUACGCACUGAUGGCCGGCGCCCAGGGCGUCGGGAUGCUGCUGCUGGGCCGCGUGCUGACGGGCUACGCCGGUGGCGUGACGUCUGCCUCCAUCCCGGUCUACAUCUCGGAGAUAUCCCACCCCGGGGUCAGAGGCAUGCUGGGCGCUUGUCCCCAGAUCAUGGCAGUGCUGGGCUCCCUCGUCCUCUACGCACUGGGGCUGGUCCUGGACUGGCGCUGGCUGGCCGUCGCAGGGGAGGUGCCCGUGCUCGCCAUGAUCGUCCUGCUCUGCUUCAUGCCCCACUCGCCCCGGUUCCUGCUCUCCCAGGGGAAGGACGACAAGGCCCUGGGGUCACUGUGCUGGCUGCGGGGCAAGGACACGGACUAUGCCCGGGAGUACGAGCAGAUCAAGGACAGCGUGAGGAAGCAGAGCCGGCGGGUUUCCUGCGCCGAGAUCAAGGACCCCUUCAUUUACAAGCCCAUCCUGAUUGCAGUGGGGAUGAGGUUCCUGCAGCAGCUCUCCGGUGUCACCUGCAUCCUCGUGUACCUGCAGUCAAUAUUCAAGAAAACAUCCGUCAUCCUGAAACCAGAGUACGAUGCAGCUCUUGUUGGCUUGGUACGUCUGUUCUCGGUGGCGACUGCUGCUGUGUCGAUGGAUAAAGCUGGGAGGAAGAUUCUUCUUUUUGUGUCAGCUGGUGUCAUGUUGGUCUCCAACCUGACCAUGGGGCUCUACAUCCACUUCACGCCAUCUUCUCAGAACAGCACCAUUGCCAACAAGACGCUGGUGAGCUCAGCCGACCUCCCUGCUGAGCCGACAAACUACAUCACCCUCAUCCCUCUCCUGGCAACCAUGUUCUUCAUAAUGGGUUACGCCAUGGGCUGGGGUCCCAUCACCUGGCUGCUGAUGUCGGAGAUCCUCCCUCUGAAAGCCCGUGGGGUGGCCUCGGGCCUCUGUGUCGUCGUGAGCUGGCUGACAGCCUUCACCCUGACUCAGUUCUUCCUCCGGGUCGUGGAUGCCUUUGGCCUCGAGGUGCCUUUCCUAUUCUUUGCCGUCAUCUGCGCUGCGAACGUCUUAUUCACGGGCUGCUGCGUCCCAGAAACCAAAGGCAGGUCCCUGGAACAGAUCGAGGCCUUCUUCAGAACCGGCCGGAGGUCGUUCAUGCGGUAG